AUGAACAAGAUGUCUGUGAAAUGGCUCUCACUUCUGCUGCUACUACAGCUGACUUGCUACUUUAGCUCUGGAAGUUGUGGAAAGGUGCUGGCACGGCCAAUGAAAUACAGUCAUUGGAUGAAUAUGAAGACAAUCCUGGAUGAACUUGUCAUGAGGGGUCAUAAGGUGACUCUUCUGACAACUUCAGCUUCCAUUCUUAUUGAUCCCAACAAACCAUCUGCUAUUAAGUUUGAGACUUUCCCUAUGUCUUUAACUAAAGAUAAUUUGAAGCAUGCCAUCAAGCAUUUGGUAGAGAAAUGGACAUAUCUGGCAAAAAAUUCAUUGUGGACAUAUUUUUCAUCAUUGAGAAGUUUAUUUUGGGAACUUUCUGAUAUGCUUAUGAAUAUCUGUAAAGAUGUUGUUUCGAAAAAGAAGAUGAUGAUAAAACUACAUUAAUCAAGUUUUGAUGUUGUUCUUGCAGAUGCUGUUGGAUCCUGUGGUGAGCUGCUGGCUGAGGUACUUAAAGUAACUUUAGUGUACAGUCUCCACUUCUCUCCUGGCUAUUCAGCUGAAAAGUAUAGUGGAAGACUUCCAUUCCCACCAUCCUAUGUACCUGCUACGUUUUCAGAAUUAAGUGAUCACAUGACAUUCACGGAGAGGGUCAAAAAUAUGAUAUAUGCACUUUAUUUUGACUUUUGGUUCCAGACAUUUAAUGAGAAGAAAUGGAAUCAGUUUUACAGCGAAGUACUAGGAAGACCGACUACAUUAUUAAAGACAAUGGGGAAAGCUGAAAUGUGGCUCAUUCAAACAUACUGGGAUUUUGAAUUUCCUCUCCCACUGCUACCAAAUUUUCAAUUUGUUGGAGGCCUCCACUGCAAACCAGCCAAACCCCUGCCUAAGACAGGGCAGAGAGAGGUCAGCCCUAGUGGCUGCUGCCUCACUGGGCUCCCCAGUCCAAGCCAAGCAAACACUCCUACCUCGCCCACUCCACACCACAGCUUGGCCCCGGAUCUAGAGAGAUUUCCCACCAACUGUGAAAAGAUUCAAUCUUGGGACGCAGAGGUGGCCUGGGGCCUGGGGUGUUUGCAGGUGGGAUGGUGGAGGCCAUUGUUGGUGCUUACUAAGACAGCACCCCAUAAGCAGCCCAGACUUCUGAUGGCAGCACAGCUCUUGAACUCCUGUGACCACAAGUACGCAAUCCCAGAUGAGCAAAUGCUCCAGCCCUGCCCACUUGAUGCCACAACCUAG